AUGACGAGUGGAGCACAACGCUUAGCGUUCCACAGUCUCCACUCUUUACAGUUGUCACAUCCCGUCUCGACCCAUUGCAACCUCCAAAACGGCGCCAAAACGCAAGACCACCAACCACAACUCAACACAACUUUUCGAAACACCAACUCACGGUGCAUUCACAUCGUCUACGAAAACAAAACCCCUUCACUCAAAUCCCUCCCCCUCGGAAUUCGCCAAAAGUCCCUACUGGCAACAUGCAACUACCCCGCGCGCCGUCUCGGCGUCAAGAAGCUCAUGUCCAUCGCCUCCGCCCUAGCCAUCUGCCCGGACCUGGUCAUCGUCGACGGCGAAGACUUGACUCCCUUUCGGGACGUCUCCAAGCGUCUUUACGCCCUAUUGCGCUCGUACUCGUGGAAUGACAGAGUCGAAAGACUGGGUCUGGAUGAAGUCUGGAUGGAUCACUCGUGGUUUUGUUUAGACAAUAAGGAUCCGGAGAAGGGGUUUGCGUUUAAUGCGAGGGGGUUUGCUGGGCAAGUUUAUGGGAGGGAAAAGGUUGGUCUUGAGGGGUCUGGGACUGGGGGGUAUGGAGGUGGACAGGCUGGGUUGUUAAGAACGAAACUUCUCCUCGCCUCCCACUUAGCUCUUCACCUCCGUUUGAAGAUCGAAGAGGAAGGGUACACCACCGCCUGCGGGAUAUCCACGAACAAACUUCUCGCCAAGUUGGUCGGUAACGUGAACAAACCCCGGAACCAGACGACCCUCUUGUCUUUCGGGCCCGACGACGGUGAGGAAACUAUUCAAAGAUUCAUGGGCAGUCACCAACUGAGAAAAGUACCCGGGAUCGGAGGGAAAACGGCCGCUGCUCUCUCGGACUAUUUCAUUUCCCAGUCCAAGCCUGGCUCAUCUUCACCCCCAAACCCCAAAGAAAUCACCGUCGACGACCUCCUCUCCUGUCCUAACCUAUCACCAUCAAAACUCGACUCCCUCCUCUCUUCACUUUCUUUCUCCUCAGGUACAGGAACAGGAAUCGGCAAACACAUCGUCUCCCUCCUCCAUGGCCACGACUCCUCCCCCGUCAAACCCGCUCGCUUGCUCCCCACGCAAAUCAGCAUCGAAGAUACUUAUUUCUCUUGCCCUUUGGUCACCAUCGAGCAAAUCCAGCGGGAACUGGUGAAGAUCACUGGGUCGUUAUUAAAGAGAAUGAAGACGGAUCUGAUGGACGACGACAAAAAGAGGUGGCUAGCGAGGCCCAAGACGCUACGGUUGACGACGAGACCGAGGACGGACCCGAGAGAGGGGAGAGGGUAUGGCUAUGGAAGGGUCUCGAAAAGUCAGGGUCUGCCUGGCUACGUCUUUACCAUUGCAGGCAGUAACAGUCACGGUAACGCCCAUGGUGACGACGAGAUUAUCCAGAGACUUGUCGCCGAGACAUUGCUACCGAUGUUCCGCGAACUUAACCCGCUUAACCCGAGAAAAGGGGAAAAGGGGUAUAGUAUCGGGUUGCUGAACGUCUGCGUGACAAACAUGGACUCGGUUGAUCCCACGACCGGUGGCGGCGGCAGCGGAGGAAGGGGAAGGGACAUCAAAAACAUGUUUAUGAGGGCGAGAGAAUUCACCGUUUACGAUCCCGAACAUGAGCACGCCGACAACACCGGAAUCCAACCCGAAACUGAAGCUGAACCUUUGGAUAAUCUGGAUGCAGAAGACCUAAGCCAGGACCCGGACUUGAACUUGGACAUGAGUGAUACAAGCUAUGAAUCCUCUAUCGGGAAAGCAAGAGGGUCGGCGGAGGACAACAAUAACGACAAUGGGGACCCCAGCACCACUAACCAUCAACAACAACAUCCCGUCUCCAACAUCCACGAGCAAGCACAAGCACAAGCCGACCGCGACACAAACCACUUGGGUCCAAUAAUGUCAACCAACCAUUAUUACUUUCACAUUGAAGACGACGACGAAGUCUGGGAUGAUUCACCAGACAAUGUGUGGAAUCACGAUGAAGAAGAAGAAGCCGCAGAAGAAGAAGAAGCUACAGAAGAAGAUCUGGACUACGACGACCUCAGAGACGCCGAGGGUCUGGGUGUCAAUGGCGACAGUGAUGGUGGUGAUGGUAUCAAAUGUCCACUAUGCAACCACUUCAUUCCUUUGUUUGCAUUAUCUGCUCAUGAGCGGUUUCACAGUAUGGAGUUUGAGGGGGAAUUAGAUGCGUAGACUUGGUACUACACCAAUGAUAAGGAAAUAAAUACAUUUGGAUCAC